AUGGCGUCCUCUUCUCAAAUACCUGUAGAGAUAGGUGCGAGUCAAAAGAAGAAACGUAAAUCAACCUUCAAUGAUGAAUCCGACGUUCAAGUCAUCGUUUCACCUCCUUCCAACACAGUCGGUCCUGUCUUCGUCAACUUCCCCUCUAUACGUCCUUCCAAAACUAUCCCUUUCACACUUUAUUCUCGUACCCCCGAAUCUACUCUCCCUCUGAACAAACAACCCACCCUUUUAGCUGGUGAAACUGAAGAUGUGGAAUUUUUCUCAGUCAAUGGAGAAGGUCAUGGAGAGGGACACGACUGUUCAUAUCUUCCUGCGAUAUAUGAUCCUUCCACUCAACAAUUACACAUUCAUCCUAACGCUCCAUUAUACCUUUUGGCACAUCAGGUGAAACGGUUGAAACAAAGUCAAAUGAGUUCUCCUAGUAAAGAUCCCGCAGAAUAUAGGGCGAGAAGGAAUGAUCUAGGAGAAACUUUCGGAACGAGGAAAGCAAAGAAUCAGAUCAAAGCUCAAGAAAGGAAUAAAGUCGAUGUGAGAGCUAUGGAAGGUGUAAAAGGACAUUUGAUGGAGAGUAUAGGUGAAAAGGUCAUGGAUGAGGAGGGUCCUGUCCCUCCAUCAGAACUUAUCCCCAUCCCAAACCUCGAAACCUCAGAUUCAUCUCUAGUCUACCCCCGAGAAGUUCUAAUACCAAAUAACGAAUGGGAUAGUAUCUCCCUAUCUUCCUUUCGUUCCUCUACAUCCGAUAUUCAACGUCUUCAAACCCUUCCACAUCGUCGUUCAACAUUUAUCAAAAACAAGAUCGUUUCUAUAAUGAACGAAACUUCUUCUUCUAAAAAGAAUACCAUGACAAAAUACAUCAUUUAUCUUUCUUCUUUAUUCGCUUUCCUCGAUCUCUCAUCUCAACUACAUAAGUUAUCAGGAACAGAAUUACAAGAUAAAUUACCAGGUGUCAGUCCACAAAUUAUCAGUGGAUUAUGUAUCAGAUUUGGGGAACAAACGAAUGGAGGUAAAAGAUGGAAAGUUACAGAAAUGACAAAAAUGAAAUUAUUAGCUUGGAUCUGUACUAUUUGUUUGGCAGUGGAUGGUUGGACUACGGAUGUUUUAAGGAUUGCUAGUGAUUUAAAGAUGACACCGAAUAAGGUGGUGGACAUCUUCAAAUCGUUAGGAUGUAAAGUCGAACCCGCUCCUCCUCCAGGUACCAACUCUCGCAAAGCGACAUUGAAAGCACCUGUCAUCUUUCCGAAACCCAAACGUCGCGGACCUGUCCAGCGAUGA